AUGGCUGAUGAAUUGAGCUUGACGGCUAACUUGCCCACGGGACAACGAGGCUAUUCACAGUCUCCAUCCAGGGACGACGACAUGUACGGCAACGCGUGGGACCGGCGCGACCAUCACUCCCGGCCGCAUCGCCAGCCUCCCUCCGCUGCGCCAGACUACCGAGACGCUCAUGACGCGCGCCCGAGGCGAAGCCUGAGCCCUCGUGACUGGAGCCAUGACAACCAAGGCAGAAUGUAUAACGACGACUAUCACCGCGGGCGUCAUGACCAAGACAGGGGUUACGACUAUGGCUCCUCCUCUUCCUACCGUGAUAGGAAAUCCUACAACUCCCGAUCACCACAUGGAGAUUAUUACAGCAGGAGUCGUUCCCGCAGCCCCGCGAGAGAGGGUGGCCGAUUGAGAGAGGCAGGGCUGCCCAGUGAUACCGUUAUUUUCGAAGGGUUGCCUGUUAGGGUAGACGCAAUGGAGUUACGAGAGAGCAUUAUCCGCGAUUGCAUCUCCGACAACUACUCUCUUGUCGAUGUUCGGAUAACGUAUUCCAAAGGAAAACGCCGAGCUUUUAUCCAGUUUGAGGAAGUUGAUCAUGCAGCCGCCUUUGUCAAUGAAAACUUUCCCAAAGUCCUCAUCACACUACCUCACACGACUGAUGAAGUCCCAGAUGGCAGAAUCAGCGCUUACAUCCACUUUGCCCAUCGCAGGGAGGACGCAGAAACACGCGCUUCCGGUGCCGGUGGUGGCCAAUGGAUCUGCCAACCUUGUGGCUUCAACAACUACUCUUCGCGCACCAAAUGCAAGCGCUGUGGCUCAUCCCCAUCAUCUUCGACAAUGCGAUUAAGUCUGAAUCCUGCUGCUGAUGCUGCCGAUGCGCCUACCCAGAUCCUGGUGGUUUAUCCUCUGACUGCCUUUGUCAACGAGGACAUGUUUGCAACAGACAUGAAGCGACUAGAACUUGAAAAGCUUGACCCAGCCAGCCAGAAGCUGGUACCAGGCUCGAAGCUCCAGUCAACUGCCCCAGCUGAUCGUGCUGCUCGGACUGGUGCACGCCCGGGGUCGCUCCACCGUGUAUUCUUAAUGCGCGAUCCGAAUACCGAAGAGUCUGUCAAAUAUGGCUUUGCUGAAUUUUGGACUCUGCAGGAUGCUGUCGAUGCCAUGGCUAAAAUCAAGCUGUUACCAUCCUUCACUGUUGCAGCCUGUGCUGUCAACGUGUCUCACAUUCAUAUGGGAGUCUUUGUUCCAGAGGAACGUGAGGUUACUCCCGAGACAGAACGAUUUUCCUUUACUCCCUUGUUCAACACUACCCUCCGCGUCCGGUAUCGUGACUUGCGAGCCUACCCCAGCCAGAAACUCCUAUCUGCUGAGCCUCCUGAGACUAUUAAUGCGGAUGGAGAGCCAAAAGGGGGUGAUCCGAAUGGAAAUAACAAGAAACCGAAGAAGAGAAAGGCAGAUGACCCUCAAGGUGCUGCUGCAGCCAAGAGGGCAGUCCCUGCGAUGGCUGGUCAUAUGGCUUUGUGGCAGAAGAAGCAUGAAGAGAUUCACACAGGGGAGUCUGACGACAAGUCCGCUGCGAAGCAGGCACCUCCCGCCCUAAAGAGCUCAAAGGAAGCGCCCAUCAAAUUUUCGUUUACUGGAGCAUCAAUGCAGGCCUCGGGCCCUUCAGCGGUUUCAUCAGUCCCAGUCCAUCCCGCGCCUCCCGCGCCCUCUUCAGCGCCUCCACCUCCACCGGAGGAACAAAAUGGCGACACCAUACCUGAAGCCAAGCCUGACGUUCAGGCUAAAGAAGAAAGGCCAAUCACCCCGUAUGCGGACCGAGACAAGUUACAAUGUCUUCUUUGCAUGCGUAAGUUUAAGUCACUAGACGAGCUAGGUCGCCAUGGGAAUGGGCAGCUCCAUGCAGAGAAGCUGCUAGAUGAGCAGUCGGUCAAGAGCGCGGUAGAGAGGUUGAAUAAACGAGGUAUUCAGCUACCAAAACAAACUGAAGCUGGUGGUGAUUCCGGCGCCGCGGCACCACAAUACCGAGACAGGGCCAAGGAACGACGCGAGCAGUGGAACCAACCCAAGAAGCCACCGCCUGCUCCAGCAGACAAGAGCGCUCCAGGUCCCCAGAAAGACCAAGGCAAAGCUCCUGUGCAGGAGAAGGCUCCAGCGCAGUCUAAAGGCGCCGGCAUGCUUGCCAAGAUGGGCUGGAUGUCUGGCAGCGGCUUAGGUGCCAAUGCUGAGGGGCGCACUGAGAGCAUCGUCACCCAUGUGUACAGGCAAGGCGUGGGCCUUGGGGCCGAAGGUGCUAAUCUGGGAGAUGCGCAGGCUAUGGGAGAGAGCAGGACGCUCAACAAGCGCAAGGACUAUGUUGAUGCCGUCAACGAUCGGGCGAGAGAGCGGUUCUUCAACGAGUUUGGAGAGAAGAAGGAUGAAGAGCAGAACAGCGAGGACAAGAAAGAGGAGUGA